AUGCAGCCUCCAUCUGAUGGCACCCCAGCCCCGCUCCUGCUCGCCGCGGGUGCUAAGGCCUCAGACUUCGACGUCGCCCAAAACCCCAGCCUCCACGGUACUCAGCCCGUGCUCCUCUUCCGCGUCUUCAAGUCCGAGCGGAUUGUGCUCUCGGCCGACCGCCUCACCGCCGCCAGCUCCAUGGGCUACCGCAUGGUGCGCGCCACGCACGGCGUCGCGUCUGGGGCGUGGUACUUUGAGGUCAAGGUCAUGCACCUCGGCCACACCUGCCUCGGGUGGGCAACCAACAUGGCGGACAUCGACAUGCCCGUUGGGUGUGGUGCCUAUGGGUUUGGGUACCGCGACAGCGAUGGCGCCAAGGUGCACAUGUCUUGGAGGGACAAGUAUGUGAUGAAGAGAUGUGCUAGGGUUCUACAUCUCUCUGACUGA